CUGCAGGAGCAUUAGGUAACCCAAACGGCAUGACCAGACUCUCAAAAUGACCCUCUGGGGUAUUAAACGCCGUCUUCCAUUCAUCCCCUUCCUUGAUCCAGACCAUAUUAUAUGCCCCCCUUGGAGAACACCAAUCUUGUUAAACAAGUCACAAAUCAAAGGAAGGGGAUACGGAUCACGGACCUUAAACCGAUUGAGCUCAUGGAAGUCCAGACACGGCCUAAGAGUUCCAUCUUUCUUCUUUACAAAGAAAAACCCUGCUUCCACUGAGGACUUGGAAGGUCUAAUAUGUCCCUUAGCCAAACUCUCGGCAAUAUACUCUCGCAUGGCCGCUCUUUCGGGUUCAGAAAGGUUAUAUAACCUAGAUUUGGGCAACUUCGCUCCGGGAAUUUGAUUGAUAGGACAAUCAUAUUCCCGUCGUAGGGGUAAACCCUGGCAACCACUCUCAGAAAAUACAUCAGAAUAAUCUGAAAUGAAAGGGGGAACAGCUUUAGAGGUCAAGACAGAAAGAGAUGUAUUAAGACAGUUGUCCAUGCAAUAAUCACUCCAAUCGAAAAUCUGUCUCGCUUGCCAGUCACUGGUAGGAUUAUGUUUGCUUAACCAAGGUAAACCCAGAAACAACGGAGUAGGCAGACCCUCUAGCACAAAACACGAAAUGGAUUCCUGAUGAAAAUCACCCACUCUUAAACACUGAAAUAUUUUUCUCCAAUGCACUUGUCGUCAACCCAUGCAAACGGAUGAACUGACCAUCAACUAGGUUAACCCCUGCCCCACUGUUAAUAAACACCUCAAUUCCCACCGUUUUAAACUCUAGCGCCACCUCGGCAAAUAGGAAAAAUCGAGUACUACCAUAAAAUGACAAACGUAAGUUCUCAGACUCCCCACCCACACCAUCAAGAGUAAUCUGGGAAUUCAAAUUUUUUUUUUGUUUGUUUUCAGCUUGACGUUGAAUGUAAAGACAAACUAACAAAAUGUCCCCUUUUUCCACAGAAAAAACAUACUCCUUUCUUAUGACUAAAAUUCUUGCAAACAGGCCCAGGGGUCGCUCCCCCUGAUUGCAUAGGUUCAUCGCCACACAUAAACUCAGGAGUCUCUUCACCCAAUGUGUCAGAGGAAGCCGCCACGUUAUACGAUGGUUCGUCCUGAGAGUGAGGGACCUUAGAUCAUCAUAGAUAAGAUGUAGAGCUUUGAAAAAUUCAUCUCCCUACCGGAGGGACUGUGACCCGGUCGGUAGAGAAAAAGCCCAAGACUGAGCAUCAACUUUAAGCAACGACAUGAUAAUACCCACUCUAUGACUCUCACCCCCAGAUGAGAGUGGAUGUAACUUAAAGUACAAUUUACACGACUCUCUGAACCGAAUGACAUUAUCGCUUCCCCCCCCUAAAAUCUGUCCGGAAUUGCAACCUUAGGUUCAGCGCAGGCCUGGCAACUACUACCGGCACCAGCAGCCUGUGAUCCCUGGAUCUGUGUGUGGAGGUCAGCUUCCUCUAUAGACGGACCCUGCAAUUGUCUAGCCAGUGCAGCGAUUAGAUCCAUAGCCUCACUGACACAAACAAAAAAUGACGGUUAUUGGCGGUUGAUAAUGUCACAGUGCGGUGUGGGUGGUAAACUCCACACCGAACACAGGAGGGAAUGGAAAAGGUACUAGGUCUGGAAACUAGGGAAAGGGGAAACUACAAUGUCAUACAUGACUUUUCCGGUGGAAUCUUAGCACUUUUCAUAUGAGUUGAAUUUAUUUGUACUUGAAUCAAAUCUGCCUCGUGAUUUCUUCAAAUCGGUCCUUGAGCAUCUGCCCGUACUGAGAGAUCACGUACAGCCCGGACGACCUUCUAUUGAAAUGAAACAAGUUGAUCUACUUGUUCGGCUAGCUUGUUGAGACCAAAUAGUAGUGCUAUGGAUGCCGCUGCAUCUUUGGGAUCCGUGUCUAGGGCUAGAGAAGCAGAGUUGGGUAAUCAAUAUAAAAGAACUGUAGCAGAGCCGAAGGCCUGAUGCAGCAGAGUUGAACUGCAGACUGAUGUGAGAGAGUUAGGCUGAAGACUGCAGUAGCAGAGGAGUCGGACGGUGUGCUGGGACCGGAGUAACUACCCUGAAUAAUCAGGUGUUGUGCUGUCACUCCAGCCGAAUAUGGGGGCAUGUCGUGGUAGGGUGAUGCCAUUAAUGUGCACCGCGACAACCUGAUGCAUAGGAGAAGCCGGCAAGAAGAAGGGGGAGAGGCAGCGCAAGUCGCAGGAUCCGGUACAGGGGAGUAACAAUGGCUACAGCGUGUCACAGUCAUGUGAAGAUGCCACAUCCUUUUACACUUUGUUGCAGAUAAACUGCAUUGUCAGACUAUUCCCCUCAUAGUCCAAUCCAUACAGCAGAGAAAAUACAACAUCUGCUCUAUAAUAACUCCUCACAUAUUUCCCCUUUCACUAUCUUUAGUAGUUGUGUUUUUUGUGGUAUCGUAUCUGGUUAUAACAUUGUUUCCUCCUCUUUCCAUUCAGGUUCCUGCAAUAUAAAGUAAUAUAUUGAUAUUUUCUCUUUAUCAGAGAAUUUUCCUGACUGACCCAUAAAGGAUGAAGAGGGACAAAGACAAGAUGGUUGAGAGGGUAUUACAUCUCACCCUAGAGAUACUCUGCCAACUUACUGGAGAGGAUUACACAGUAGUGAAGAAGAUCUCUAGUGAACGCUGUCAGGAUCCUGUAUCUGAAGGAUGGGGAAGAACCCGGAGCCCAAUCACGGGGCCUCCGCCUCACUCCAUGAUACAUGAGGAGAUCAAUGACCAGAAGAUCCUAGAACUCACCCACACAAUGGUGAAGCUUCUAACUGGAGAGGUUCCUAUAAGGUGUCAGGAUGUCACUGUCUAUUUCUCCAUGGAGGAGUGGGAGUAUGUAGAAGGACACCAGGAUCUGUACAAGGAGACCAUGAUGCCCCUCACAACACCAGGUUCCUGCAAUAUAAAACCAUCUAUUCACCUUACUGACCUAUCAAGAAUGGAUGGGGACAGAGACAAGAUGGCAGAGAAAAUAUUACAUCUCACCCUAGAGAUACUCUUCCAAUUUACUGGAGAGGAUUACACAGUGGUGAAGAAGAUCUCUAGUGAGCGCUGUCAGGCUCCUGUGUCUGAAGGAUGGGGAAGAACCCUGAGCCCAAUCACAGGGCCUCCACCUCACUCCCUGAUACAUGAGGAGAUCAUUGCACAGAAGAUCCUAGAACUCAUCCACAAGAUGGUGGAGCUGCUGACUGGAGAGGUUCCUAUAAGGUGUCAGGAUGUCACUGUCUAUUUCUCCAUGGAGGAGUGGGAGUAUGUAGAAGGACACAAGGAUCUGUACAAGGAGGUCAGAAUGAAGAAUCAAAAGCCCCGCACAUCACCAGGUAAUAGACGCAAAUAAAUACAUUUGUUCUUUAAUUUACAUGUCUGUAAAAAUUGAAUUAAUUCACUGUAUGUGUCUCCUAUAGACAUUAAAGGGGUUGGACAAAGUACCCCAGACAAUAGCCAAUACUAUGAAGUAUUAAUAUCUAAAGCUAAAUGUACUGGCUAUAUAUCAUUUUUCUAACCUGUUUUCCGUGACUCACUUCCCCGGAGGAGCGAGCGGUACCGGGAAAUGUUUUUUUUUACAGUAAAAAUGAAUCUAUGAAGUAUUACACAAAGUCGCGCGAGACUUUGCGAAGUUUUAACUUUGGCUUAUCUGAGCCAAUACAUCCUAAUACCGUACGGAGCGCUCCCUACAGUAUUGGACCAAAGUUUUUUGCGAUUCGACUUUGGAUGUUUUAUCCGAAGUUGAUUCGCUCAUCUCUAAUAGCAAUAGUAGAAACGCCCCAGUCCCAGCAGUAAAGAGAGGUCACUACCCGUCCCACACGGUACCCUGUUUAUAAAUUUGCUGUGGGUCUCAGUUAUUGCUAGUUGUGCCACUGGAUGUAAGCCAUGAACAGAAAGUACAGAGGGGGAGAUUUAUAAUUUCCAUUGUUUCUGAAAAGUGGCGUUAAAAACUUGCAAACUACAGUAUGUGUCUGUGACU